GUAGACUGCAUCACAUAUAAAUAUUAUAUACAGACUUAUAAGUUGACUAAUCUGCGGCGGUGAAGGUCCUAAGGAAUAGCUUUAAAAUAAAAUAUUCAAAGUUUUGAUUUUUUACGAGCAAAGAUUCAAACAAUAUGAAUUUCCUUUUAUCAGUUGUUUUCGGGUUUUUGACAUUAGCUACUUGUAAUUGUCUAGAAACGGAAGAAACUGCUGUGGAAGCGAGAGGGAAAGGGAAAUACGCCUUAUUGAUUCAUUUCUUCUACGUCGCCGCUACAAAGUUAAUUGUUCUGAAAAUUAUUUAUGGCUUUAUUUUCUACGCACUCGCCGUAAAAGCUUGGCAUUUCAUGCUCUGGUUUGUGCACUACAUAAAGAAGAGGAAGUCGCUGGACCAUUUCAUCGAGUUUGAACACGAGCCGUCGGAUGGCCACGGACAUUAUGGCCACGAAUAUGGGAACUACGAUCAUUCGCCGUAUGGUUUCAAUAAGCCAGAGUAUGGCGAGAUCGACUACUCUUAUAAGAAAAAGAUUUAUGACGCUGAUGGCUCCUACUCUGUAGGAGGACUCUAGACAGAAUCCACAGGACGUGUUUAUAAAACUUUGUCAAU